UUCAACUAGCCGUAGACGACUGCAGAAGAAAAAAGCCGGCUUCACCAAUCCUCUUCUUCUCAAAGCCUCCAUUUCAUUACUCAUUCAUCUUCCUUCGCCAAUCAAAUGCAGUAGAUAUAAACAGCUGACUUUGGUACUCGUUCUUCCUCAAAUGGCAGGAAGUGGCCGGAGCAGUGCUCGGAGCAGAAUCAAGUUCUCCACAGACAGCGGUGACGAUGGUGCUCUCCGUGGUGCAAAACCGAACUCCAAACUACGGAGAGAUAGGAGUAAGGAUCACAGUUUGAUUCGAAUCCUAAACGUUGAUCUCAAAAUCAUGCUAGGAAUUGGUGUAUUCUCGUUCUCAAUUAUCAUAUUCCUGAUUCACAAUCUCGUAAGACCUUUUGAACAAGCUCAGACGCCUAGGGUUGUCACUCCCUUUCCUGCUCCGAAGCUCAUGGACCUUCCUCAGUUCCAAGGUGAACACAAAGAGAGCUUGUAUUGGGGAACAUAUCGCCCUCAUGUUUAUCUUGGAAUUCGCGCUAGGACUCCUCAGUCUUUGGUCGCUGGUUUAAUGUGGAUUGGCUUAAAGGAUGGAAGAUAUUAUAUGCGACAUUUAUGCCAAGACUCUGAUGAGUUAAGCACAUAUGGCUGGACACAACAUAAUGGUCGUGAUUUUGGGCACCAAGUACUGGUUGAUCAGGGAUUGAAGUUGGAAACCAGUUUCUUGAAAUCCAAAAAUGAAGGCAGUGGCUAUGGAGGAGAUUGGGCAGUUCGAAUUGAUGCCCAGAGCGAGAAAUCUGACUGGAAUAACGAAAUGCAGCAAAAUGGGCAUUUUUUUUUCUAUUUGGCAAAUGAAGAUGGAAGCGCUUUAAGUUUGACAAGAGAUGACAUAGACAUACAUGAGAAUUCUCUUCUGGCAUCAGGUUCACAUUCAGACAUUGGAGAUUGGCAGCUACAUUUAGAAUCUAAGGAUGUUUUGGAGAUCCACUAUUCUGGCUUCAGGACACCUCAUAUUCACAAUUUAUCUGAUCUUGUCCAGCAAACUCUUGGGGCCCAUAUGGUAAGAAAGUUUGGCCUGCAGCUACCUGACUCAUCCGAAGAUUCUUCAAAUAUCUUAGUUUUUCAGAUUUCUGCUAGGAUUCCAUUCAAAACAGAUAUUGUUUUUGUGUCUGGAACUGGAGUAGAAGAUUCAAGAGUAAAAGCACGUGUAAACAGUCUAACAGGCACCAUACUGACAAAUCAACUACAAGAGAAGCAAUCAGAAUUCGAUGCCAAGUUUGAUCAGUGCUUUAAUAUUGCUGGCAAGCUUGAAUCUGAAUCCAGAAUUGUUGGUAAGGUUGCCAUUGCCAAUAUGUUGGGAGGCAUUGGCUACUUUUAUGGUCAAUCAAAGAUUGCAUAUGCUGGAAAAUCUAAACAUAAAGAUCAUGAUAAUUUUAUCGCAUAUUGGCCAGCUGAGCUUUACACUGCAGUUCCAAGCCGACCUUUCUUUCCAAGGGGAUUUCUAUGGGAUGAAGGUUUUCAUCAACUGUUGAUCUGGCGUUGGGAUAUCAGCAUAUGCUUGGAUAUUGUUGGCCACUGGUUAGAUUUAAUGAAUAUUGAUGGCUGGAUUCCUCGGGAACAAAUAUUGGGAUCUGAAGCUCUAAGUAAGGUUCCAGAGGAAUUUGUUCGUCAGCGUCCAACUAAUGGAAAUCCUCCAACACUAUUUUUGGUUAUAAGUGACCUACUUCAUGGCAUACAGAAAAAUAAGUUUACCUCUUCUGAAAGCAAUAAGAUCAUUUCUUUCCUAGAGCGGGCUUUUGUUCGUCUUGAUGCUUGGUUCCAGUGGUUCAAUACUACCCAGUCAGGGAAGGAGAUUGGCAGCUAUUUUUGGCAUGGGAGGGACAACUCAACAACUCGUGAGCUAAACCCUAAGACACUGUCCUCGGGACUGGAUGAUUAUCCUCGUGCAUCACAUCCAAGUGAAGAAGAACGUCACUUGGAUCUUAGGUGCUGGAUGCUUCUUGCUGCAAAUUGCAUGCAUUCCAUCACACAGCUGUUAAAGAAAGAAUACAUAUCUGGGAAGGAUUAUGGUUUAACAGCUAAGCUACUUUCAAAUUUUGAAAUGCUCAAUCAGAUGCACCUUGAUCCUGCUUAUGGAGCAUAUUUUGAUUUUGGAAAUCAUACAGAUAAGGUUCGGUUAAGUUGGAAAGAGACAAUUGUGGAGAACAGUUAUGUAAAGCGGGAGCUUGUUCGGGAAGUAUUAGAAAGGCCAGAGUUGAGACUAAUUCCUCAUGUUGGUUAUGUCAGCCUUUUUCCAUUCAUGGAGAAGAUCAUUCCAUCUGAUUCAUGGAUUCUGGAAAAACAGCUUGACCUCAUUUUAAACAGGAGCAUCUUAUGGACUGACUAUGGGUUACGUUCUCUAGCUAAAACAAGUUCUCUGUACAUGAAACGCAACACAGAGCAUGACCCACCUUAUUGGAGGGGCCCAAUUUGGAUGAACUUGAAUUACAGGAUUCUUUCUGCACUCUACCACUACUCCAAAGAAGAUGGACCAUACAAAGAUAGGGCCAAGGAGAUCUAUGAGGACUUGAGGAGCAAUUUGAUUAGAAAUGUGGUUCAGAAUUAUCACCAAACUGGGUUUUUGUGGGAACAGUAUGAUCAGAAGAAGGGCAAAGGAAAGGGUGCACGCCUGUUUACCGGUUGGACAUCACUUGUGCUAUUAGUCAUGGCGGAAGCUUAUUGCUGAGCUAAAAUAUGUGUUUUUUUUUUUCUAACUCAAUACAAAUUCAAACUCAGGAAUUAGUGUGCCAAUAUUAGAUGUAGCGAUUUCAUGUUGGCGGCAUCAGCCAAUUUUGGGUUAUUAAUACAAUUAGUAAACCAUAGUCUUAA